GAUGCGUGCAUGGAUAGAGUACAACUGUACAAGUUAUUUCCAGCUUGUUAGACAUAUGGUUUUCAGUUGUUAGAUACCGUGCAUAGCUGUGUGAUUAGCCUCUGUAACCUCUCUUUAGCCUGGUCAAGCCUUGCACUUUUUGGUUAUACUUUUUAUUUUAUGUAGGUGGAAAUUAACGUCAGAAUCACACCUCACUUUUGAGGGGCUUUUUGUUGAUUCUCUGAGUGAGUGUUUACGUGAGAAUGGAGCUGACAAGCAUUAAGGAUGCAUUUGACCGUGUUGCAAAGAAGCAGAAACUCUCCUAUAGUAAAACACAGGAAGUGGUAGACAAGUUGGCUCAAGAAAUAGAGAAGGCAUUGCAUAUGAUACAGGAAGCACCGCCAGAUGCUCCACUUGAUCACAAAUCUAUAGUUUCUGAACUGAAGAAAAAGUUGCUGGAGAUUGCUCCAAUCAGUCACUUGGAAGCCAGUCAGAAAGAAUUUAACGUGGCUCUGAGCAAAUACCCUAAAGCUCUCGAGAAAACCCUGAAUCCUCCAGAUAUGUCAAAGGCUUACAGAAACGUCGAGUUCGACACCCAUACUGUUAACCAGAUAAUUGCAAACUUCUUCUACAGGGAAGGCAUGUUUGAGAUCGGUGAUUGUUUCAUCGCCGAGACGGGUGAGGCCGAAUGUUCUGCCAGACAGUCUUUCAUGGAAAUGUAUGAAAUACUAGAAGCAAUGAAGAAACGAGAUCUUGGACCAGCUCUGAACUGGGCAGUGUCGAACUCUGAGAAGCUAAAGCAAGUACGGUCUGAUCUUGAGAUGAAACUCCGCAGCCUGCACUUCCUGGAAAUAGUACAAGAGAAGAACUCAGCCGAAGCUCUGGACUACGCGAGAAAACAUAUAGCCAUGUUUGCCGAAAGUUGCCUUCCAGACAUCCAGAAGCUAAUGUGUUCUCUCUUGUGGAACAGAAAACUCGAUAAAUCCCCAUAUGCAGAGUUCCUGUCACCAGCCCCGUGGAACAACGCGGUGAAGGAGUUAACCCGACAAUACUGCAACCUACUCGGUGAAUCCUACAAGAGCCCAUUGGGCGUAACGAUAGCAGCAGGUAACCAAGCAUUACCUCCUCUUCUGAAAUACAUGAACCUGAUGGUGAAUAAGAAGCAGGAGGAAUGGCAGACAAUGGAGCAACUGCCCAUCCCGGUCGAACUGUCGGAGGAAUUUCAGUUCCAUUCGGUGUUUGUCUGCCCGGUUUCGAAAGAACAAUCCAGCGAUGAUAACCCGCCGAUGAUGAUGUCUUGUGGGCAUGUCCUUUGCAAGCAGUCUAUCAACAAGAUGUCCAAGAAUGCCUCCAAAUCCUUCAAAUGCCCCUACUGCCCAUCCGAUAUUGACGCAACCCAGUGUAGGCCGCUGCAGUUUUAGACGAAGCCCCCAUAAUUCGUUUCCUCUACCAAAAGUGUAUACAGCAUAAAAGAAGAAGAAGAAAGCCCCCUACAAUGAUAUCAGUUUCCCACUCAUCCCAUCUGUCUGAAUGUAAUGUUGUGGUCUGUCUCAUUGAACUUUGACCCAUGUUUGUUUUGCUGUCUGUAAAUAGAAAUUCUUUCAGUGCUUAUUACCAGGGGUGGGCGUUUAGGUUU